AUGGCGACGCCUACGCGCGUCCAGCCGGCGCGCAAGGCGAAGGCGACGCCGCCGCGCGAUGUGAUACGUGGAGAGCAUGGCGCGGAUACUCGAUUUGAAGGACCGGACCUGCUCUCCACUUAUCUGCUCCUCUGGUCCAUCCAGUCUUUCGUCACGGUGAAGCGCUACUUGCAGGACGCCAUCUACUUUUUUCUCGGCUCGUCGGUGGUUGCGACGCCCGCGCUCUCCUUCGAAGCUCUCACGGGGCCCAUCGGCGUGCUUGCUGCGGCGACGCAGUCGCUCGGUGUGGGCGUGCUCGCGCACCUCAUAUUCGUCGCUGCCAAGCUCAGGCGCCAGCCGCUUCAAUUCAACAGCGACAUCUGGUGCCUCGCGACCGACGCUGCCGUGCUGGUCGUUGGCACCGUGCACCUCGCGCGCCGGGACAGCCGCCGUCGCGGAGCCGCCGCCGCCGGCACCCGCCGUGACGACCUCGUGCUCGCCUUCGCACCGGCCGUGCGGUGCAUGUUCGGCGCCUUUUACCUUGGUGCGGGCCUGUGGAAGCUCAACACGUCGCACCUCGGCGCGUCCACGUCGUGCAGCGUCAUCUACCUGAUCUCCAUGCUCGACGCCUACGCACCGCGCGUCGCCGACGCCAGCCCGCGCCUGCUGCGCCUCGUCGCCGACUCGGCCGGCGCCCUCACCUGCGUGCUCGAGACGUCGAUUGGCUUGCUGCUGCUCGCGCCCUCCCGCCGGCUGCAGCGCUGCGGCGUCGCGCUCGGCGUGGUGCUCCACGCCGGCAUCUGCUUCACGCCGCCGCCCAACAACAUUGGCUCCUUCUCGGCGGUCGCGGUCAUGCGCUACUUUUGCGCCGUUCCGCACGGGGCGCAUCGCGCCGUGCUCUGGGCGCGCGGCCGCGCCCUCACCGUCGGCGCCGCGCUCGCCGCCACGUGUGCCGUCGCCAGCGGCCGCGUGCCCGGCGCUAUCGACGACCUCCAGAGCGCCGUCUUUGCGGCCAUCUCCGCGGUCCUGCUCGCCGGUUGCGUCGUCGAGGCGCGGGCAGCAGACGGCGACCAUAACGACGACGCAAAACGAGCACCGCGGCCGCCAGCGCCGCCAGCGCCGGCGGUGAAGCGCGCGCAGCGCGCGUGCACGGCGAUGGCGCUCGUAUACGCCUUCGGCCUGCCCGUCCUCGGGCUGCAGGACAUGGGCAACGUGACGCCCGUGCUGCGGCCCACCGCCACCGCGCGGCUGCGCGCGCUCGGGCACGCCGGCCGCGAGUUCCUACCGCUCGUCGGCCGCGUCUACGGCCCGCGGCCCGACGUUGACGGCUCCACACGCGGGCCGGAGGACGACCGGGGCGCUCCCAAGGCAGCCGCAGAAGAGGCGAAGGCGGCGAAGACAAAGACGGCGGUGGCCGACUCGAGCAACCCGAGCGUGCCGGCGGAGGGGCGCGUUCCGGCGCCGGCGUACACGGUGCACGCGCUCGAGCUCCGCCGGCUCAUCUCCGAGGCCAGGCAGCGCGACACCAACUUCUCCAUCACCUACGCGCGGCUACCGAGCCAGUCGGGCGGCGGCGGCGGCAUUGACUGGGCGAGCGCGGCCACCGCCGGCACUCCGGUGACGUACACGCACCAAGCCGGCGUGGGAGGCGGCGAGGAGCGCUGCGUCGUCAACGCUAGCGGUCGUGCGUGCGCGGCGGACGAGCCGGCGCUGCUGCCGUGGCCGCCUGCGGGGCCGCGGUGGGCGGUGGCGCUGCUGCUGCGCGUGCUCGUUUUUUACCCGGUGCCGGUCCUGCCCGGCUUCGUGGAGAUGGCGUGCUGCGAUGGCUGA